CCAUUUUUUUUCCCAAUUUAUUUUCUGCAGAUUCCGAAAAUCGUAAAAGCUAUGGCCUUUGCUUCGGAUCGAAGGUUCCCGUACACACUGUCCGUCUCCUUCAAGCUCCACUCUCCCUCUCUGUAGGGUUUUUUUUAUCAGCAGCAGCAUCACCGUGUUGAUCUGAGACCUAGCUUGUCUGGUUUUGUGCGUUGGGCGGCAUUGCUCUCGUUUAGCUCCUUGAACUUUGUGUUUGAACGAGGAACUGGAAUUGGGAGUCGAUCGAGCCAGUGGAGAAGAUAGAGCGAGCUGGUUUUGAGGCUGAGGCGCUUUGUCCGAGUGAUAUAUGUUGUAAUUAUGCAUUGCGGUAAUGGAAGAAUGGUGCAAGUUGGUGUAAUUUAUGUUAUUGCAUUUGGGACGUGAAGUGCCUUUUUUUUUUUUUUUUUUGAAGGAUGGAUGACAGUAGAGAUAUUGAGGUAUUGCUGGCGGGUAGGACUGAAUUGGCGGAGUCUAGGUUCUUUGUUAUCUCCUGCUUCGUUGCUGGCUUAAUCGGGGUCUGCACGAUAUUGUACACUGCCUUUCAAUGGAGGCGGAACAUCAAUUUGAGUUGGAUGAAAGCGAUAGCUCGGUCGAAGAAAAAUCCAAAGGCAAGGAGCAAAGUUGUUGUGGCUCCUCACACUUGGGAGAAAGAACCUGCAUCUCGAGUGAAGAGUCUAAACUGUUGCGUAUGCUUGAAGUCUUUCUCCCCUACUCAAAGUCUGGGGGCAUCAGUGGCUGCAGAGACUUAUCGUUGUAGUGUUUGUGGCGCAGCAGCUCAUGUGGAUUGUGCUCUCAGUGCUCACAAGGAUUGCAAAUGUGUCUCCAUGGUUGGCCACGAACAUGUGACGCAUCAAUGGGCUGUUCGGUGGACAGAGAUCGCUGAUCAGCCAGAUGAAACUUCUUUCUGUAGUUACUGUGAAGAGCCGUGUAAUGGUUCUUUUCUCGGUGGUUCUCCGAUUUGGUGUUGCUUGUGGUGCCAGCGGCUGGUACACGUCGAUUGCCACAAUAACAUGCAUAAUGAAACUGGCGAUAUCUGUGAUUUGGGCCCUUUUAGGAGAUUGAUUUUAUCGCCGCUCUAUGUCAGGGAGUUGCACCAUGGAGUGGCAAGUGGAAUUUUGAGCUCUAUCACUCAGGGAGCAAACGAGAUUGCGUUGUCAGUCCGUGCGAGCAUUAGGAGCCAGAGUAAGAAAUACAAACAGGGAACUGAAAACUCUGUUGAUACUGGGAAUGGUGGGAUUACAAGCGAGGCAUCUACAGAUAGCACUGGUGAGACAUGGCCAGCUGUGAAUGGAGGGCAUGCAGGGGAGGAGAACUGCAAUGGGGACGCAACUAUGGCACUUUCACAUGCUGAGGCUGAUGUGGAUAAUAAGGUGGGUUCACCCUCUAGCUUGAAAAGAAGCGGAUCCCUUAAUCAGAAGGAGGAAUCUCAGGUGUUAAGGAUGAAACAGAGAUAUGAGUUGAUUGAUUUGCCUCUAGAUGCUAGACCGUUGUUAGUUUUUAUUAAUAAAAAGAGUGGAGCCCGACGUGGAGAUUCGCUUAAACAGCGCCUGAACAUUCUUCUGAAUCCUGUACAGGUUUUUGAAUUGAGCUCAUCGCAAGGACCUGAGGUGGGCCUUUAUUUAUUUCGAAAGGUGCCUCACUUUAGGGUUCUGGUUUGUGGAGGAGAUGGUACCGUUGGAUGGGUUCUAAAUGCAAUAGACAAACAGAAUUUUGUUUCUCCUCCCCCUGUUGCUAUUCUUCCAGCUGGAACUGGGAAUGAUCUUGCCAGAGUUCUAUCCUGGGGUGGCGGGUUGGGGGCGGUCGAGAAGCAAGGGGGUCUUUUCACAUUUUUGCACCAAAUAGAGCAUGCAGCAGUGACUAUACUGGAUAGAUGGAAGGUUACCAUUGUAAAUAAUCAAGGGAAGCAGCUCCAAGCACCAAAAUUUAUGAACAACUAUCUUGGAAUUGGGUGUGAUGCAAAGGUUGCUCUGGACAUCCAUAAUCUACGGGAAGAGAAUCCAGACUUAUUCUACAAUCAGUUUAUGAAUAAAGUACUGUAUGCAAGAGAAGGCGCCAAGAGUAUAAUGGAUCGAACAUUAGCAGACUUUCCUUGGGAAGUUCGUGUUGAAGUUGAUGGUGUUGAGAUAGAAGUCCCUGAGGAUGCAGAAGGUGUCCUUGUUGCCAAUAUUGGAAGCUACAUGGGCGGAGUGGAUUUGUGGCAAAGCGAAGACGAUAACUAUGAUAACUUUGAUCCACAAUCAAUGCAUGAUAAGAUACUUGAGGUUGUUAGCAUAUCUGGAACGUGGCAUCUCGGGAAGCUUCAGGUGGGGCUUUCCCGUGCUCGAAGGAUUGCUCAAGGGCAGUCGAUAAAGAUUCAACUGUGUGCUGCACUACCUGUUCAUAUUGAUGGAGAGCCUUGGUUUCAAGAGCCAUGUACAUUUUCCAUAUCGCAUCAUGGCCAGGCCUUCAUGUUGAAGAGAGCAUCCGAGGAGCCUCUCGGUCAUGCUGCUGCGAUAAUCACUGAUGUACUCGAGAACGCUGAGUCAAACCACAUCAUCAAUGCUUCCCAGAAGAGGGCCCUCCUCCAGGAAAUGGCCCUGAGGCUGAACUAAGAUAUUUCUGUACCAAUGUUACUGCCUUGAAGCUCUGUAAAUUUUACAGGUCAUAAAAUUUGUAUGAUUUCCUAAGAGAAACGUCCAUCUUCAUACAUGACCCAGAAAAACCGAAAAGUAAAAACAGGGAAAAGGGUGAGAAAGAGAGAGAGAGAGAGAGAGAGAGAGAGAUUAUAGUAGAAUCAAUUGAAUCAUGUACUAUUAGACACGUUUCACAAGGUAGAGGGAAUAUUUGGUCUUCCUUCCUUCCUUUAGGCUGCUUGACUUGGGAUAUUUGGUUCGAGUUGUGUAAUCUUUAUGAAUUGUUGGCGUUGCUGUGUGUUUUGCCAUUUCUCGAUGUCCCUUUACUGUUCUCUGCUCGCAGCUUCUCAUCUUAUUCCAAGAAUCAAAGGAGAAGGCUCUCAUUAUUACCAGAUUUCGGUCGAAAUCGUUUGGCGGAAAGAUUACCUAGUACGUACGGCUAAGUCCCUGGUCCAGCAUCCAAUCAAAGAUCAGCCACGGUAUGUCAAAGAGGUUUCUGGUCAUUCCUCAACCAGCCUUGCCUAACCUUCUUCCACAGCCUUGCGACAAAUCCCUUAGCUAGUGUGUUUGUGCUCCUUGUACUUGGCUUCUUAUCGAGAGUCGACCUGCCAGACCAGUAAAUUGAGAUUUUUCUCGGCACAUUCCCAUUCUCUUUAUGAAUCCGAGCCAAUUGCUUGCGGUGGAAAGGUGGGGACGUUGCAUUUGAGGCUUGGAUCGCCUUGUUCAGCUGGCGGGCGACAGCUCGGAGCUCGAAAGAGUCAUAGUACAGUGUGCUCCGGCUGUGCUUCGGACUGAGCUUCCAUGGUGGGCUUAUGGUGACGAAUCGAGUUUGGGCUGGUGAGCUCGGUUGCUGCUGUUUCACUUCUGACACUUCCAUUGACAUAUAAAUGAGCUUUGGUUUUGGUGAUAUGAUGUCGUGAGCUGUUAUUAUUAUAGAGAAAAGUUAAUGCUUUGGUUUUGAUUUGUUC